AUGGAGAGGCAGGAUGCGUUGUUAGCUGCCAAGCUACUGAGAGAGGAAUCCAAUGGUGCACGAGGGAGCAGGACCAAGCGCAAGGCCAGCUCGGCUUCAGGCCCGUCGAAAACAAAGCGAGCAGCACAUAAUAAGAACAACAGUGACGGCAAUAGAAUUAACAGCAGCAAUAACAACAAUCCCUUCAAUAGGGAAAUGGCGCUAAGUGCCGAUUUGCAACGUGUGAUUGGCGAAGAAAUGUGCUCGAGACCGCAAGUGGUCAAGAAGUUGUGGGCGUACAUUAAGGAAAACGAUCUUCAGAAUCCAUCGGAUAAGCGACAAAUUAUGUGCGAUGAAAAGCUACAGCAGCUUUUCAAAAAGAGUAUGUACAAGAUUUUACGCAAUUGCUUGAGUGCCUGAAAUUAAAAAAAAAAGAACUGGGAGAUUGAGAGAUUGGGAUUUUGUUUACUAACUGUGCAUCUUUGUUUUGUAGAGACCGUUGGUGCUUUUGAGAUGAAUAGGAUUUUGAGUAAGCACAUUUUCAAACCCGAUGAAAUCGGCGAAAGUGGUGAAAGUGGUGCUAAUGCACCUGAACCACAGAAAAGCCUGGAUGUUGACGAUGAUGAGGAGGAUUUAGAGAAAGAUGCUCAGCAAUUGGAAGACGAAAUAAGUGAAGCAGAAUACUAG